AUGCCAUCUCUCUUCCCUGUUUUAGACAUUGAUACCGAAUGUGUCCGUCAAGCUCUAGAAGUGACUGAAUCCUAUAUUCUCCUUUCGCCCCAGGAAGUACUCAGUGAUCAUAUCCGAUUCCGCUUACUAGCUUCGUUGGAAGCUCUUCUCGGUUCAACUACACGACAGCGCCUUGGUGUUGUUCCCCAUCUUGUCGAGAUGCUGAUUCGAGCGAUAGAGUUCGUCAACCCCGGAAACGAACAAGCGUAUACUAUUGUCGCCAAGUCUCUUAUGGACUCUUCGUUCCUCCCAACACUUCUAUCCGGUCUCCAUGAAGCCUACGAAGCUAAUCUCACCACCGGACCAAAAAAGAAGUCCUCUGCCGUUUCCGGCGUAGUUGAAACAGACUACUUCUCCGUCCUCGCUAGAAUCGCCCUCGCAAGCCCCAAAAUAUUCAUCUCAUCUGCCUCUUCCUCCAGAGAUCAUUCAUCCGAAGAAGAAACCGUCAACUGGAUACUGAUGGAAUGGUUCUCCCAUUUCGACAAUAUGGGAGACAUUAACCGCAAAAAGCUACACGCCCUGGCCCUAACGCAUCUCCUCUCCAUAAACGGGCCCUCAACUCCACCGCCGGCCUUCCUCUUAAACCACCUGCAGUCUUACCUCGUCGUAUGGACUGACCUUAUCAGAGAACUAUCCGAAGGCACGUCCUAUGACCCUAAUGAUCCCCGAGGUGGUGAUUAUCUUAUUGUCUGGAACGCAGGAUCGGUCACAGGCGAACCCGAUGAGAAAUAUCAGGACAACGAGCCUCCUGAAACCACAAGGCGGAGGACAUGGAGUAAUGCGGACCCUAUACAUAAAAUCAAUUUACGCCAUUUUGUCACGGAGAAUCUGCGGGGAGUUGUUAGGGCGUGUGGUGGGAUUGACAAGUUUAGGGAUGAAUGGUUGGUAAAUGUUGAUCGUGAGGUUGUGAAUGGGUUUGGUGAGUUGGGAGUGUUGUGA